AUGGCGGACUCGUGGGAGCAAGAGGCAGAUGACCUCGCCAAGCAGACCCAGCAGAUGAACUUCCAGAACGGUGCUGGACGAGGCAACGCAUUCACACCGGGUGCACAGAGCUUUCAACCAGGCGCCAACAACUUCCAGCCUGGCCAGCAAUAUCAGCAGUAUGGCUAUGGCCAACAGCAGUACGGUGGUGGUGGGUACCAGCAAUAUGGCGGACAGCAAGGAUAUGGGAACCAAUACCAGCAGUACGGUUAUGGUCAGCAAGGCGGCCAGUACCAGCAGUAUGGGCAGCAGCAGCAGCAGCAGUACGGAGGACAGCAACAGGAUUACUCGCAAUACCAGCAGCAACAACCACAGCAACAAGCAUAUGUACCGCCUCAACAACGGCAGACGCCUAUGAUCGCCAAGCGAGGAGAGGCUCUCCCUUCUGCUGCAUCUUCACAGUCAGCAGCCAAGCCAGCAGCACCCGCCAACGGCACAGGCGCGGCCGCUCCGGUCAAGACACUAUCGCUCAGUGCAUCUGACACUGGUGCAGCACAGCCAAAGGUGGAGAAGACAACAGGUGGUGGGAAAGUAAUGUCACUCAACAUCGCACCACCUGCUCCAGCGUCUGCCAAGGAGACUACCGACAAGGACGCCCCAGCUGCAGGCACGAAAGUAUCUGCUGCCAAAGCACUAGAGAAGACGGGUGAGCCCAAGCCAUCAUCAAGUGGCAACACAUCACCGACUACAGCCACACCGUCAGGACGAUCCUCACCAUCACGAGCUGAGCAAAAAGCCGAGGCACGGAAAGCCGACUUGGUAGCACAGGAGCAGGCGGCAGAAAUUGACGAUGAGGCCCUGGAGGAGAUGUACGGCAAGGAGCAUGUCAAUGUCAUCUUCUUGGGCCAUGUUGAUGCUGGUAAGUCAACAUUAGGAGGUAGCAUAUUGUAUGCCACUGGCAUGGUGGACGAGCGGACGAUGGAAAAGUACAAGAGAGAUGCUAAGGAACUGGGACGAGAGUCGUGGUACUUAUCAUGGGCACUUGACCAGACGAAGGAGGAGCGAGCGAAGGGUAAGACGGUAGAAGUGGGCCGAGGUUUCUUCGAGACAGAGAGGCGACGAUACUCCAUUCUAGACGCGCCUGGCCACAAGACAUUCGUUCCCAACAUGGUCUCUGGAGCCUCGCAAGCCGACGUGGGUGUCCUGGUCAUUUCUGCCCGUAAGGGUGAAUACGAGACUGGCUUCGAGAAGGGCGGCCAAACCCGAGAGCAUGCCGUGCUCGCCAAGACACAAGGUGUGAACAAACUCAUCGUGGCGGUAAACAAAAUGGACGACCCUACAGUCGAAUGGUCCGAGGCACGAUACAAAGAAUGCCUGACUAAACUCACCACUUUCCUCAAAGGUCUCGGCUACAACCCAAAGACAGACUUGUACUUCAUGCCCAUAGCCGCCCAAGUGACGGCGGGGAUCAAAACCCGCGUACCCAAGGAGCUCGCACCAUGGAACGACUCGAUGUCCCUCCUCGAAUACCUAGACCAAAUGCAGACCCUGGAACGCAAGAUCAAUGCUCCAUUUAUGAUGCCCAUAGCAGCCAAGUACCGCGACAUGGGUACCAUGAUUGAAGGCAAGAUCGAAGCGGGUGUCCUGAAGAAAGAUCAGAAGUACCUCAUGAUGCCUUCUCGUGCGGAGAUCCAGAUAUCAGCUUUGUAUGGCGAGACGGAGGACGAGAUCGACCGGGCGGUUUGUGGUGAGCAGGUGCGAUUGCGGAUUAAGGGUGCGGAAGAGGAGGAUAUCUAUCCUGGAUUCGUGCUUUGCUCGCCCAAGAGACCCGUUCACAAUGUCUCCUCUUUCGAAGCCCAGAUCCGACUUCUGGAACUCAAAUCCAUCCUCUCGGCGGGCUUCAAUUGCGUCCUCCACGUCCACUCCGCUACAGAGGAAGUCACCUUUGCCGCCUUACUCCACAAACUCGAACCCAAGACCAACCGUAAAUCUAAGAAGCCUCCUGGGUUCGCGAAGCAGGGUAUGAAUAUCAUCGCUCGCCUAGAAGUGCAAGGUGGAGCGGGGAGCGUGUGUGUGGAGAGGUUUGAGGAUUAUCCGCAGUUGGGACGAUUUACCCUUAGGGAUCAGGGUCAGACGAUCGCGAUUGGGAAGAUUACGAAGUUGAUUACUGAUAUGUCGAGUGUUGAGGGACAGAAUGCUGCUGCUUAA